CACAACCAACCCAUGGAACGCACAUCGCGCAAAGGAGCGCAAGGCGGUGACAGAUGGCUAUGCAGUGAUCAAAGUCAACAUCAAAAGACCAUCGCGCGAAGCCCGAGCAGACCGAGCAAUCCUGCAUUUGUAGUCUCCGCAAAUCAGCAGCAGGCCGACCCAUCCUUGUUGUGUGUGCAAGCAAUCAGCCUGCAGUGUCAAAGAAGAUGAAAGUCAACCUGCCACGAUGACUUUACACACGACCCAUAGCAGUCCCGCUUCAAGCUCAAAGCUGGCAGCGCCGCCUCCAGCUGCAGUCCCGCUUCAAGCCCGCAUCAGGCUACAUCCAAGUUCAAGGACCGCCUCGACGCUCCGAGCGCUACUGGACGAAAAGGGCCACGAAUUGCCCUCUGACCUGUUCGAAGAGCUAUGGCACGCGAUGGAAGAGUAUGACCGCGCAGAGCAUGGCAGCAAGAAGCUGGACAAGAGCUCCGCUCAAAAAUCAGGGUUGAAGGCUGGGCAGGCGACGAGUCCUGAGUACGUCGUACCUGAGGAAUCCAUACCUGCUGCUGCUCUCAUUUCCAUUGCUCGGUGGGCCAAGAAGCGUGCGAUGCUCUCGGGUGAGGCGCUCAGUGUGGAGCAUCCAUUGCGACUGCACGUACUCCUCAAAGGCGCAAGCUUGGCACUGCCGCAGAAAAGGCCCUUCGUUCGAUCGCCCGAACUAGAAGCAACGCUGGCGCGCAUCAAACAAGCUGCGGAUGAGGCAGAGUACGCACGCAUGAUUAGCGGUCCAAGCUCCACCAACGACGACACUGGGCGAACAUUCAAGAGAUCAUCCAACGUCACGGGCGCCCCGAAGCUGAGCAGAGCAGAAGAAGCAAUGGAGUGGCAAGAAGUCAAAAGAGGUCUGAGCGCUGUUGUGAAUGUCGUCGCUAGCGCCGCAGCUGUCGCUCUCGCUGCUUGGAAAGCUCUCGGCAACGGAAGCGUCUUCGCGAAAACGAUGACAUCGCUCUUGCUGGCUAUCAUCGUGGCAGUGGCAGAGACGGUGCUCUACGCUCGGCACUUUGAAAACAUCAAGCAAAAGCGCGCAGCAGAAACCAAGAAUCGUGCUUUACCUUCACGGUCUGCCCGGAGGGAUGCGGACAGGAGUAGAUAUGGAGUCGAUAGGCGGACGGGGGCGGCUUUGGAGUCGCGAAAGCGCGCCAGCAGCUCGAAAGCUGAGAGGUGAAGCGUCAAUUCAAACAUCGCUGUUCGUAUCUCAGCGACGCGAAGGAUGGCUUCACGUUGCCUCUGCGAGGCCCAUCAAGCUGCUUCUCCAUCGUAAAGCGAAUGCAUGAAUCGUCUACAC